ACUAAUACUACAACAAUGGAGUAUUUUACAAUAUCAAAACUGUCCUUUUUCCAAUUAUAUGCCCUUCAAGCCACUGCCGCCCUCGCUUUAUUCUUAUGUAUUGCAAACCCUACCUCGGCUGCUAGAUUAGAACCACAAUCGAAGACUUCCAAUACUGAUUUUGUUAAAACUUCAUGUGAGGUGACGAUGUAUCCCGACAUAUGCUACCAGUCACUCUCAGCCUAUGCUAGCACCAUCCAGACCAGCCCUCGGGAACUCGCCAAUACCGCUCUCUCCGUAAGCCUCAACAACGCGCAAUCGACUUCGACACUGGUACUGAGGUUGUCGAAAGAGCAUGGAUUAACGCGCGGAGAAACGGUUGUCAUAGCUGAUUGUGUGGAGACCAUGAGAGACUCUGUGGAUGAGCUGCACCAAUCGAUGGCUGAAAUGAAGGGUCUAGAGGGCCCUGAAUUUCAGAUGAAAAUGAGCAAUAUACAGACUUGGGUUAGUGCUGCUUUGACAGAUGAAGAUACGUGCAUGGAGGGGAAUGAAACCAAAGCAAUUAAUGGAAAAAUCAAAGACACUAUUCGGAGUAAUAUUGCCAGAGUGGCUCACUUAACCAGCAAUGCAUUGGCCUUCAUCAACAGACUCUCGCAUUAGUAUCGUUUUUCUUUCCUUUUGGUGAAAGCAGCAUCGAAAAGGGAAAAAUAAAAUAUAUGUUUUAAGUGUGGAAUUGAUAGUG